CCCCUCACCCCCUCCCCUGGGUGGCAGGUAGUUCCAUAUAUGUUAAAUAUAUUAAAAUAUAUAUUAAAUCCAAUAUAUGUAUAUAUAUUUAUACAGUUAUCUUGCUGCACAAGAAAAAUUGGAUCUAGAAAGAAAAAAAACUUGAGAAGGAAAACAAAAAUACAAGUAAACAAUAACAGAAAAAGUGAAAAUGUUAUGUUGUGGUCUAUACUCAUUUCCCAUAGUUCUCUUUCUGGAUGUAGAUAAUUCUCUUCAUUACUGAACAAUUGGAAUUGGUUUGAAUCAUCUCAUUGUUGAAGAGAAUCAAGUCCAUCAGAAUUGAUCUUUGUAUAGUCUUGUUGCCGUGUAUAAUGAUUUCCUGAUUCUGCUCAUUUCACUCAGCAUCAGUUCAUGUCAGUCUCUCUAGGCCUCUCUGAAAUUAUCCUGUUGCCAUUUCUUACAGAACAAUAAUAUUCCAUAACAUUUACAUACCAUAAUUUAUUCAGCCAUUUUUCAACUGAUGGGCAUCCAUUCAAUUUCCAGUUUCUAGUCACUACAGAAAGGGCUGCCACAAACGUGUUUGCACAUGUGGUUCUCUUUCCCUCUUUAAGAUCUCUUUGCGAUAUAAGCCCAGUAGUAACACUGCUGAGUCAAAGGAUAUUCACAAUUUGCUAACUUUUCCAUCAUAGUUCCUAAUUGCUCUCCAGAAUGGUUGGAUUCAUUCACAACUCCACCAAAAAUGUGUCAGUGUCCCAGUUUUCCCACAUCCCCUGCAACAUUCAUCGUUAACUUUUCCUGUCAUUCUAGCCAAUCUGACAGGUAUGUAGUGGUAUUUCAGAGUUGUCUUAAUUUGCAUUUCUCUGCUCAAUAGUGAUUUGGAGCACCUUUUCAUAUGAUUAGAAAUAGUUUCAAUUUCUUCAUCUGAAAAUUGUCUGUUCAGAUCCUUUGACCAUUUAUCAAUUGGAGAAUGGCUUGAUUUCUUAUAAGUUUGAGUCAAUUCUCUAUAUAUUUUAGAAAUGAGACAUUUAUCAGAGCCUUUGAAUGUAAAAUGUUUUCCCAGUUUAUUGCUUCCCUUCUAAUCUUGUCUGUACUAGUUUUGUUUGUACAAAAACUUUUUAACUUAAUAUAAUCAAAAUUAUCUAUUUUGUGAUUAAUAAUGAUCUCUAGUUCUUCUUUGGUCACAAAUUCCUUCCUCCUCCAUACGUCUGAGAGGUAAACUAUCCUAUGUUCUUUAAUUUGUUUAUAAUAUCAUUUUUUAUGCCUAGAUCAUGAACCCACUUUGACCUUAUCUUGGUGUACAGUGUUAAGUAUGGGUCAAUAGCUAGUUUCUGUCAUACUAGUUUCCAACUUUCCCAGCAGUUUUUGUCAAAUAGUGAAUUCUUAUCCCAAAAUCUGGGGUCUUUGGGUUUAUCAAACACUAGAUUGUAUAGUAAUUGACUAUUUUGUCCAGUGAAUCUAAUCUAUUCCACUGAUCAACUACUCUUUUUCUUAACCAGUACCAAAUGGUUUUGAUGAUCAUGGCUAUAUAAUAUAGUUUUAGAUCCAUCAGGCCAUUUCCAAUGGCAUGUGUGUUCUGGUCUCAUGCAAAAGUAAAUCUAAUAUCAGAAGUUCUCAUUUAAUUCUUUGUUCCCAAGUGAUGGUUGGGUGUGAUGCUGGGGUUGAACACUUACUCUGGUCUACUGCUGAAGAUUUCUUAUAGCCAUACGUCCCUGCUUGGUCCCUUAAUCCCUGUGACAAUAAAAUGGUGAAGAUGAUUGAGCUGAAAUAGGUACCUAUUAAAUGAGAUUUUAAGAUGAGUGACUGUCUCUGUCUCUGUUUCUCGGUCCCUUUUUGUCUUUCUCCUUUUAUCUCUGCUUCUGUCUGUCUUUGUUGCUCUCUCUGCUCACUGUUUGUCUUUCUCUUGUCUUUCUCCCACUAUGUCAUUUGGUUCUCAAGUAAACUCAGACUUCUAGUGAAGGACAGUUCCUAUCUCUUCACAUCUCCUAGCAACUGUUAUGGACAAAGUUAUAUAGCAGUCAUUGUGUGUUCUGCCUGAGUAAGUCUUGUGAUUAGAGACUGGUGAUAUCUCUGAUUUCUUUGGCUGUCUCUUCUUUACCUUUCUUUCCCUGAGCCUGGAUGAUCAAACAGGGUUCUUAAGAGACAGAUGUUUCUAAGUUUGGUUUCCAGCUACCUUUUAUGCUGGAUGACCACCAACAGGUAUAUAACUCAUCUAUUUCUGAGAGACCAGAAGAUAUGGACCUUGAAAGCAUUCCUCAGGGGGUCUGGCUCUAAGUUGAAUGUGAAAUGCUUGUUAAGCAAUCUCAUAAAGUAUUUCCUGUUUUAAGAUUCAAUCUCCUGAGACAAAGAGAAUCUAUGUCAAUAUCUAUAAAGUAGAUGGUAUAAUGAAUAGAGUGCUGGACCUAGAAUCAGGAAAACUCAUUGUCCUGAGUUCAAAUCUAGCCUCAGAUAUUUACUAGCAGGUGACCCUGGGCAAGUCACUUCACCCUAUUUGCCUCAGUCUCCUCAUCUGUAAAGAGAUCUGCAGAAGUAAAUGGCCAACCACUCCAGUAUAUUUAUCAAAAAAUUAAAAAAACCAAAUAAACCAAAAAGCUCCUUCCAAACAAAUGGGGUCAUCUUAAAAAGUCAGACAUAACAAUAAGAAACAUCAAAUCUAUUUAUUUAUAUAUAGAUAACUGGAAUAUAUUUUAAGUGUUUUUCAAUGUAUGCUUAUGAUUCUUUUGUGUUCUAAGCUUUUUUUUUUUUUUUUUUUUUUUUUUUUUUUUUUUUGGUGGAGGAAAAAAAUUGCCAUCCCAUACCCUAUUUAGUUGAGCAUUGAGAAUCUUUCUAGGAAAGACUUAGCUAAUCCCUUUUUGGGACACUCCAAACAUGAACCAAACCUAAGCUUUGUUUACAGAGAUUUUUCUUCAAGUAUUUGAAGAGCUAUCAUGGAGGAACAAAAAAGAAUGAUACACACACAAAAUAGCUCCCGUAUCCUCACCUAGAAAGUAGGAAUUGUCAUUGGGCCACUAUUACUAAAUUUGGUUUAGAGUGAUUUUCCUGAAUAACUAAAUGUGGGGGCAUUCAUUUUAAACCAAAGAUUUAUUUUGGGGGUAGUUUACUUAAAUUUGAGACUCUGUGUCUCUGGGCAAGUAAUUUAAUCUCUUUCAGUAUCAGUUUCCUCUUUUACAAAAUGGGGAUAAUAAAAGUACCUACCUCCCUGGGUUGAUGUGAAGAUCAAAUGAAACUACAUACAUAUAGAUAUAUAUAUGACUUUGGAAACUUUUAAAGUGCUGUGUAAAUGCUAGCUAUUCUUUUCCCCGGGACUCAUCUUCAAAUAUAUUUUCUAACUCACUUAAUCUCCUUGAGCCUGACUUUCCUCAUCUUUAAAAUGAAGGGGUUGGAUUAGAGGGUCUUUUGAGGUCCCCGAUGACUAACUCUGAGAUCCUUAAACCUCUGUCUCUCUCCCCCAAACAAACUUGCAUUUGAAGUUCAUAUGUUAUCACUAUAUACACGUUCUCUUAUUUGGGUUUCACAACACCCUUUUGAGGAAAGCAGCACAAUUUUUUUUAAUUCCCGUUUUUACCGUUUCAGAAACUGAGGCUCAGUUCAGAUCUCACAGCUAAGAAAACUGUUAGGGACAACCCCUUGCACUCAGUGGAAGCAUCCUGAUCUCCUGGUUCCAUCCGGCUCUUCUAGGCUCUGUCCAGGGGGUGGCGCUCCUGCCCCAGCCUGCCUGUUCUCUCCCCUACCCCUGCUCCUCACCACCGCCGCCGCAUCCUCCGCCCGAGCCACCCUGCUCAGCGUCUCCAUCUCCUGGGCACCCGGGGCGAGGUGGGAGCAGCUGCGCCCGCCAGGGGCCGCUGCCGACCAGGGCGAACCUCCCUCCCCUCCCUCCCCCCUCACCUAGGAGGCAGCUGCAGCAAGCGGAGCUGGGAGCGAGUGCAUUGCGAGGCGGGCUGGAGGGAGGGAGGCGUGAAGAAAGCGAGGGUGGCUGCUGGAGGGAGCCUCCGCCUCCGCUGCACCAGCUCGCUCGGGUCCCAGCGGAGACCAUGGGGAGCUCCGAGCGGGGAUCGCGCGCUGCUCCCGCGCCUAGCCUCCUGCAGCCGUGAGAAGCCGAGUCGGGACUCCCCCCCAACCCCAGAACUGCGGGGAGGAUGACUAUGGCUGGGGGCAGGAGGGGGCUGGUUGCCCCUCAGAACACGUUUCUGGAGAAUAUUGUCCGGAGGUCCAAUGAUACCAACUUUGUGCUGGGCAACGCUCAGAUAGUGGACUGGCCCAUCGUCUACAGCAAUGAUGGAUUUUGCAAGUUAUCAGGAUAUCACAGGGCGGAAGUCAUGCAAAAAAGCAGUACCUGCAGUUUUAUGUAUGGGGAGUUGACAGACAAAGAUACAAUUGAGAAGGUGCGGCAGACGUUUGAGAACUAUGAAAUGAACUCUUUCGAAAUUCUGAUGUACAAAAAGAACAGGACACCUGUGUGGUUCUUUGUGAAAAUUGCUCCAAUUCGAAAUGAACAGGAUAAAGUGGUUUUAUUUCUUUGCACUUUCAGUGACAUAACAGCUUUCAAACAGCCAAUUGAGGAUGAUUCAUGUAAAGGUUGGGGAAAAUUUGCUCGGCUAACCAGAGCCCUGACAAGCAGCAGAGGGGUCCUGCAGCAGCUGGCUCCCAGUGUGCAGAAGGGUGAAAAUGUUCACAAGCAUUCCCGCCUGGCUGAGGUUUUGCAGCUGGGUUCAGACAUUCUUCCCCAGUACAAGCAAGAGGCACCAAAGACUCCCCCUCACAUCAUCUUACAUUAUUGUGUUUUCAAGACCACUUGGGAUUGGAUCAUCUUGAUCUUAACUUUCUACACUGCCAUUUUGGUCCCUUACAAUGUGUCUUUUAAAACAAGACAGAACAAUGUGGCUUGGCUGGUUGUGGACAGUAUUGUGGAUGUCAUUUUCCUGGUGGACAUUGUACUUAAUUUUCAUACUACCUUUGUUGGACCAGCUGGGGAGGUGAUCUCUGACCCCAAACUCAUCCGCAUGAAUUACCUGAAGACCUGGUUUGUGAUUGACCUGCUGUCCUGUUUGCCAUAUGAUGUUAUCAAUGCAUUCGAGAACGUGGAUGAGGGAAUCAGCAGCCUGUUUAGCUCAUUGAAAGUUGUUCGACUCCUACGUCUAGGACGGGUAGCCCGCAAGUUGGAUCACUACAUUGAGUAUGGAGCUGCAGUCCUGGUCCUGCUGGUGUGUGUGUUUGGAUUGGCAGCCCACUGGAUGGCUUGUAUUUGGUACAGCAUUGGAGAUUAUGAGAUCUUUGAUGAGGACACAAAAAUGAUCCGGAACAACAGCUGGCUCUAUCAAUUGGCUAUGGAUGCUGGGACGCCUUACCAGUUCAAUGUGUCUGGCCUGGGGAAGUGGGAAGGUGGCCCCAGUAAGAAUUCUGUCUACAUCUCUUCCUUGUACUUCACCAUGACCAGCCUCACCAGCGUGGGGUUCGGGAACAUUGCCCCCUCCACAGAUAUAGAGAAGAUCUUUGCAGUCGCUAUAAUGAUGAUUGGCUCCCUUCUAUAUGCCACCAUUUUUGGAAAUGUGACCACCAUUUUCCAGCAGAUGUAUGCUAACACUAACAGGUACCAUGAGAUGCUCAAUAGUGUUCGGGACUUCCUGAAGCUCUACCAGGUGCCAAAGGGACUCAGUGAACGAGUCAUGGACUAUAUUGUGUCUACUUGGUCUAUGUCCAGAGGCAUUGACACUGAAAAGGUUCUCCAGAUAUGUCCCAAGGACAUGAGGGCUGAUAUCUGUGUACACCUAAAUCGCAAGGUAUUCAAGGAGCAUCCAGCAUUCCGGCUUGCCAGUGAUGGCUGCCUACGGGCACUGGCCAUGGAAUUCCAGACAGUUCAUUGCGCCCCUGGUGACCUCAUCUACCAUGCUGGCGAGAGUGUCGACAGCCUAUGCUUUGUGGUUUCAGGUUCUUUGGAAGUGAUUCAGGAUGAUGAGGUGGUAGCCAUCUUGGGAAAAGGAGAUGUUUUUGGAGAUGUAUUCUGGAAGGAAGCCACGCUUGCCCAGUCUUGUGCCAAUGUCAGGGCCUUAACCUACUGUGACUUGCAUGUGAUUAAGCGGGAUGCCCUCCAGAAAGUGCUAGAAUUCUACACAGCCUUCUCUCAUUCCUUCUCAAGAAACCUUAUCCUCACAUACAAUCUAAGGAAAAGGAUUGUAUUUCGAAAGAUCAGCGAUGUGAAGCGGGAAGAAGAAGAGCGAAUGAAACGGAAGAAUGAGGCGCCCCUGAUCCUGCCCCCAGACCACCCUGUCCGAAGGCUUUUCCAGAGAUUCCGGCAGCAGAAGGAGGCCAGACUGGCGGCAGAAAGGGGAGGCCGGGAUUUGGAUGAGCUGGACGUGGAGAAGGGCAACAUCCUGUCAGAGCACUCCUCCGCUAACCACACCGUGGUAAAGGCCAGCAUCGUCACUGUCCGCGAGAGCCCGGCCACUCCUGUCUCUUUCCAGUCAGCAUCUACCUCAGGGGUGUCAGACCACGCCAAACUACAUGCCCCUGUGUCUGAGGGCUUGGGCCCCAAGGGGGGUGGGGGGGACUACCACGCCAAACUACAUGCCCCUGUGUCUGAGGGCUUGGGCCCCAAGGGGGGUGGGGGGGACUGUCCCCGACGCAAAGGCUGGGCUCGUUUCAAAGAUGCCUGUGGAAAGGGGGAGGACUGGAACAAAGUCUCCAAGGCAGAGUCCAUGGAGACACUCCCAGAGAGGACAAAGACAUCUGGGGAGGCUACUCUGAAGAAGACAGACUCUUGUGAUAGUGGGAUCACCAAAAGUGACUUGCGCCUGGACAAUGUUGGCGAGACCAGAAGUCCUCAGGACCGCAGCCCGAUCCUUGCAGAGGUCAAGCAUUCCUUCUACCCCAUCCCUGAGCAGACUCUUCAGGCCACCAUGCUGGAGGUGAAGCAUGAGCUGAAGGAGGACAUUAAAGCUCUAAACAACAAAAUGGCGAACAUUGAAAAACAGCUCUCUGAGAUACUAAGGAUAUUAACUUCCAGAAGAUCUUCUCAAUCCCCCCAGGAACUCUUUGAAAUAUCAAGGCCCCAGUCCCCAGAAUCAGAGAGAGACAUUUUUGGAGCAAGCUGAAGGGCCCAUUUAUUUAAAAAUUAAAAUAAAAACUUAAACAUUACAACCCCUCUUCUGGAAACACAUGCAUACAGCUAACAUUUUCUUCUCAAAAUAAGAUUUUCUCAUUGAUGGAAAAUCAGUGAGGGACUGGUGGAUCCAGCAUGCCCCCCACUCUCUGGACAAAGAGAAAUUUGUCACCAUCCUGCAAGAUGGCAGUUGUGUUGGAAGUGUCUUAGCACAAAUUUGGAAGAGGGGGUACACUGUUCAAAGAGUAUUUUCCUUUUCUCUUCAGUUUGGACAUUUUUUAAACUUCCAUAAUGUUUGGUAAAAAAAAAAAUUAGAGAGAGAGGAAAAAACUAUCAGCUUUUUGAGGAUUGAAGGGGGUGGCUGGAAUGUGUUCACAUGGAGGUGAGCUUCAGCUCCUUUGCCAAAUCCCCAAAGACUCUGGAAGGUGCAAGAAUCUCUAGCACCUACCUUCUGGGCUGCCUUCCUGUACACUUGUGCAGACAGUAUCCAGUGUCAGAGUAUAUUUUCGUAUCCUAACAAUCAUUUGUAACAAGCAUGGGGAAAAGGAGGGAACAGGUAGAAGGACAGAACUCCUUUUAUCCUUUCAUCCAUCAUGAUCCAAGACCAAAAGACAGAUGCAGGUAUUGUGUCUCCUACGAAAGGUUAGAAUCAUGAAGCCCUGGGGAUUUACCUCAGGGUCUGAAACCCAGUGGGUUACUCGGGGAUAUUCAGUGGCUUGGAUUUUUAUGUGUCUCCUCACUACUUCUGAGUCCCCAAGGCUGCUGAAUGCCUGCAUAGAGCCCUGAUCUCGUAUUCCAAAAGAGUUCAGAGCUGAGCCAAUUGCUAGAGGUAGGGAGACAGCCUCCUUACCCAGGAUCAUUAACAGGCCAUUUUUUCCCCUGGAAAUCUCACAUGGACACUGGGAACCUCUAUGUGAUUCCAGGUAUACAUUGGCUCCCAUCUUCAGAUGUGCUUCUACCUUUUGGACAAUUAUAUAUCUGUACAACCCAACGGGAUUGGAAUGCCAAUGUAGCAUUCUUUGGGGUAUACUGGAGAUGAAAAAAGUAUCAGGAACCCAGAUUUGACUUUUUUUAAGGAUGAUAAUAUUUUGUGGCAUGUAUGUUAUGUUUUUUAAUAAUUCUCAAUAGAAUUGACCUUUGCUUUACCUUUGUCCUUAGCCAGAAAUCAUUGUGGGGCACUUACAAGUCCCCCAAUUGCUAUCUCAUAAGCAGAAAUCCUUAGAUUAACUUGUAAGAGUUGUUUAAAAAUGGAAUGGAGUACCACACUAAAUGAGUUCCCCGACAUUGGAGGAAUUCAAACAGAAGCUGGAUGACUGCCAGUUGAAAAUAGAAAGGGGGGAUGCCUUCUCCAUGCUCCCCAAAUGGAUUCAGUUCAGAACUAGAGGCCAUUAUGAGACACACUUUGGAAAAGCCAAACUCUGUCUCUUAGGCUCUAAACACCAGAAAGAAUAUCAAAAAGCAAAGGGUGGGGUGAGGGGAUUGUGUAUAUGUGAAAGGGUUCAAGGAUUAUGUUUUCAUUUUUAACUGGAAAAAAGGAAUCAAUAUUUCAAAAACAAGAGUAUUUAAGAGCUGGUUCAGCUCAGUCUAUGGUCCAAAAAGGGCCCCAUAUCUAAGCCAGUAAAUUAAUGUUUGGGAGCUUUCCAAUGCAACUGGAGUUACUUCCCUGAAUGUUGGUUUCCUCCAGCAAUAUUUUGGGGUGAAGCAUAAAGAAGAGAGAGAGAACUAUCAGGUUUUUGGACCCACAGACGAUUCUGGAAUAUGCAAAUCUCUGACGCAGAGUAAAGUUGGCUUGAGGUGUGCCCUACGCAAAGGCAGUAGGGACCCAAAAAGAGUCUAGAUGUUGGAAGUUCAGUGCUGAGAGCUUAGCAUUAGAAAGUCCAGGAUUAUAAAUGCAGCUGUGUCUUAAGCAUUGUUGGCCAGCUGGCCAGACCUAGCCUAUCAAUGACACUUGAGAAUCCCUGCUCCAAGUUUUAAUGAAAAGCAUCUUCUUGCAUGGACUCGGUAGUGGGGAUAUCACUACAGAGAUGCUAUCUUUUGCUCAUGCUCGUUAACAUCCUGACACCAGUCUUCUUUAGGACCUUGAGAUAAUGGUGAGCUGACGUGCUAAAGGCACACAGUGCUUUUGAAAACUCUGUCAGGCCCCAUUCCUUUUAUCUUUUCUCUGCAUCCACAGGAAGCACAAAGGGGCAAUUGGGCGGCCUUAGUGUUCCAGUUGCUCCAGGGGCCAGCACUGUCAGGCUCUCUCCUCAUUCUUCUAAGAAACUAGAUUUCAGAGUUCAAGGUUAUAAUCAUUCCCAGGAUGAUGUCAGCACCAGGAAGAGCUUUCGUUUGAGGUUGAUGCAAUAAGUUGCUCUAACGGUGUUACUUAAGUCAUGGACAGAAUCACAUAAUGAUGAGGAGUAGUGUUUCGCUUCUGUGAGAACAAAUGCCAGUUGCUUUGUAAUCUGAUUAAAAUGUUGGAGAAAGUUGUACCCUCCUACUUCCCAUCCUCCUACCAACUUGACAAGAUUUUUUUUGCCUGUCUGGUGCUUAAUCAAUCUAUCAAUAAGCAUUUAUUAAGCACCUCUUAAGUGCCAGAAAUUAUCCUCAGCACUAGGGAUAAAAAUAGAAAAAAAUGAAAUAAUCCCUGUCCUCAAAGAACCUCCAUCCUAAUCCACCUUUCAUUCAAUGUACUGUGCUCCAGAGGAAAGUGAACAGAACACACCUAUGUCUACAUCUCCCCGGUCACUGAAAUCUCUACAUGCUUUGGCCUUUUUUUUCUUAUUAGAAAUCAUAUGUCUCUAAAACCUCAAGUCCCAUCUUUUCUUAGGCAGGUCAUGUUGCAUGAGGAAGGAAAAUCCUAUGUCUACUUCCAGGAAGUAUCUGACUCUAGAGACUAUGCAUGCUAACUGCCAGCUCCAUAUUUAUUCUUUCUAACAGACCUCAAGGACCAGGCCAGAAGCAGUGUUGAGCCACAGGUCUCGCAAUGUGCCAGCCAAUAGAGAGGUCCUUCCCCUUCUUCUUAGUUCCAUUCCCUGAGAGGCAGCGUGAUGCAAUAGAAAGUGUACCAGCUUUGGAGUCCGAAGACUUGAUUUUGAAUACUGCCUUUCUUGCUGGGUGACUUUGGGCAAAUCAACCCAUCACUCCAGAUCUCAGUUUCCUCAUCCAUAAAAUGAGGCAAUAUCUAGAUGGUUUCUAUUUUUGACUUGGAGUCCAUGGAUUGCCCUUUUUGAAGAUAUACAGAUACAUUUCAGGAGGUCUGUAAACUUGAAUAAGAAAAAAAAGAUCUUUAUUCUCUAACUGAAAUUUAGAAUUUCAUUUAAUUAUUUAAAUAGUAUUCUGAGAAGGGGUUGAUAGGCUUCACCCACAGACUGCUAAAGGGGUCCAGGACAGAAAAAAAGGAUUAAGCACUUCUGUUCCAAGAUCUCUUUAAGCUCCAAAUUUAUGAUCAUGUGAUCUUAUUUCAUGGCAUGGACAAAUCUGUUUAUUAACAUACAACUCAGGGUCAACACAGAGUUGAUCUUUAUUGGCACAAGUACCAGAUCUUGACCUUGUAGGAUGAUCCUCUUUUGGGAAUUAUCCUUUUGGUAUAACCAUAUUCUUAAAGGUCUAGUGUGUUCAUAACCUAGAAACCCCCAGAGAACUGUGAAAGAAUUUACAGAUGUGUUUGCUUUCCCCCAUAAUCUCCCUUCCUAAAUGUGGCUCUCAAAUCUCUCCAAUAGUAAAGGCUCACAAGGCCUGGAGUUCAUAAAAAGUCAGUGACCUGACUUACCAGCUACACACAUGCCGGCCAAGGUGAAUGUGUGACCCACUGGAAAUCAGUUGUUGAGAGAUUAGAAAAACAAAACAAAAACAGGCAGACAACUAAAAGAUUUCCCCCAGGCAUCCAAGAUCUAGAAGUGGCCAAAACUUCAGAGAUCACGCAGUUGUCAAAUCUUCACUUUUUGUAUCAAAUCCAGGAUGUCUUCCACACUUCCACAGCACCAUGCCCCACACUAUUGGAGAAAACUGCCUGGUUUACUGAGUUUAGUUUACUGAGUUAGCACUAAACCUCCAAAAUCAAAGAGACGUUUAGAAGAUCCCUAGGGCAUUCAAAAUUUUAUUCCAGAAUGGGAUUUUGGAAACAUCCCAAUACACUCUUUCAUGUGGAUAUCUCUCUAUAGGAAAUAGAGAUGUCAUUUCUGGAUGUCCCAGAGAAUAGGGAAAAGAUCAUUGAUUGUGGAGUUUAGUCUUAUCAAACCAAAUUUUUUUAUAGCUGAGGAAACUGAGACCCAGUGAGUCCAUGUGAUUUAUUCAAGGAUGUAUAAAUAGUGUCAGAGGCAGAACUGAAACAUAGAUGCUACAGUAGAAGGAAUUGUGAACUGUUUUGUAUACUUGAAGAAACUGAAAUCUAGGGAGUCUAUGAUUUCCAUAAAAUGAUGAAGGCAAGAAUUUUGGGAAGAAGACAUUUGAACCCAGGACCCCUGACUCCAAGGUCAAGUAUUUUUUCCUACUGUGCCACACUGCCUCACUUAGGGAAAGAAGGUCUAGGUUAGGGUAGAGCUUAUGGCAGCCAUAAAACAACCAACACCAAUAGGCAUCAGACACUAGAUGAGACCCAGAUCCUAUGGAGCCCGCAUGAGCUCCCUAGAACUUUCCCAGAGUCCCAUUUGUUUCAAGCGGAACUGGUAUGGUGUGAGUCUCUUGGACAUGUUACUCCAGUCACAUCCUUGGAAAUGGAUUUGCUGGGUUUCUACUCCUCUCACAAAUCUUUUUUCUUAGAAGAGGUGAUUGCUUUUUUCCCCUCAGUGACCUCUGAGUCAUCAAAUGCAUCUAAUUGUCGAAUGAGGUCAGAAUCUUGUCUCUCAUUGAACUGCCUACAUUAAGAAAGAUGCCAAUUCCUCAUGAAUGUAUUAUCUAAUUAUUCCGACCCUUGGUCAAUAUUUGUACACCUGUCGAAACAUGUCCAUGUUCGCCAUUUCUCUGAUGCUGCAUGGACCCUCUGACGUAGGUGCAGCUCCGUCUUCUGGGGCUUCUCCACACAACACACUUCUUUUUAUUCCUUCCUCCGCAUCGUUCCCAGGUCCCCUUUCCUCCCCCUCUGCAUUUGUCACUUUGUUCAAAUGAGCAUGAAUAAAAAGUCGUGCAAACGAGCAGAUACUAUUUUUAUGGUCAGCCAAGGAUGCUGCCAAGAGCUCUCCUGUAUUGUAUAUCUCCAGUUUGGGAAUGUUCAGAGGAAAAUGCAGGCACCUCCAUGAAGAAUAUUCCCUUCUCAGACAUUUUUAAACAAGCACAAAUAAGAUUUGUAAAGAAGUUUAAUUUUAUUUAUUAUAGUAAUAAACUAUUUUAUACAUGA